CGCGCUGCAUGCAGGCGCCGCGCGUUCACGCAUGAAAUGGCGACGAGACGAUUCAACAUGAGACGGCGGAUCCGUUCCUACUGAAGUGCAUGAAUCGGGCAGCCGUGCGGCAUCGAUAGGCAUGGCUUACAACCAGGGCAGGCCCACCACGGCCGAGCUCUACGCCGUGCCGACGGCGCCGCAGCCCAGCGCCAAGGCCCAGUGCCCGCCCUGGUCGAAGCAGUACGUCGCGUCGCCCGAACGGAGAAAAAAAAGACGCCAGCCGCCGCGGCGCGGCCGCGGCCGCGGCCGCGGCCGGAGCCCGCAGCGCGCCCUGCCUCGCAUCAAACCGACCUGGGACGCGCAGCCCCACGCCCAAAAGUACCCGAACCACCUCGAGGCGGCGCUGCAGGAUCUGCGGCAGGCGGCGGCGAAGCAUAGUCCCGAGGUCGUCCCAAAGUACAAGCGGGCCGCCCACACGUACGACAAGCAGAACAAGCAGGCUCUUAUCGAUAAGAGGAAGCGUAUGGCCGGCAAACAGAAAGGAGACUACUGGGACAAGAUGCUCCACCCCGCGCAACGGGAGGCGAUGGAGGGCAUGCGCAAGUAUAGAGCUGAGAGACGGGCCCAGAAUGCCUCGCCGAAGGAGGCUCUACUCUCCCAAGCGAAGCAGCAGCUCGCGUCGUUGGACGACCCGAACCUCAAAAAAAUCAUGAGCGGGUUGAUUGAAGAAUUAUCACCUCAGAGGUCGUUGCGGCCGCCGCCCCUCCAACCGCUGCGGCCGGACGCUACCGAAAGAGCCCCCGCGGGCAUGACGCCGGGCGGGUUCCGGACGCCGGGCGUCUCGCCAUCAAAACGGGUCAGCUUCGACCUCUCGCCGAAGAAGCACGCGUCUUUCUCGGCCGCGGUCGCGCCGCCGGCGCCCGCCGGCUCCGAGCCGUCGGCCUGGGACUGGGGCUCCUGGCACGGCGCCAACGGGACGCCCUACCAUAGAUCAAACGCCGUGUCGCCGCUCGGACCGCAGACGCCCGCGGCGCCGCUAUCCGGGCCGAAGACGCCCGCGGCGGACGACGCGCCGCCCGUGGCCUGGGGCGCCUCCCGUCCCGCCUUCGACGAGUCCGACGACGACGACGACGACAUGUGGUGGCCCGCGCCGGCCAAGGCGCCGCGGCCGCGGAGCGUGCGCUUCGCGCCCACGGUCACGGAGACGCCGGCCGGCGACGACUCGGAAGAUAGAGCCGUGGACGCCUUCCGGAGUUUCCUGACGGCCUUCGACGGGGAGCGGGCGCGCCAGCGGAAGGGCCUCGAGGCGUGCGCGGCGCGGACCAUGCGCUAAACUAACUUGUGUUUCAAAAU